CUUAAUUGAAAAAUUAAGAGAUUUGGUGGCGCAUCUGAAAAAUAAAAAAGACCCAUAUGCCCUAGAUGUGUCGCUCUUUCUUUCUUUUCAAAAUCACGCCUCCCCUGAUCCUUUCUUUCUCAUCGACGCAUAACAACACCUCCACUCCAUCUGCGUGUUCCCUCCCCGACAUCACAGUCGCUGCCGUCUUCUCCGCCAAGAGCUUCGUCGUUGACAGCUCCGAUAGCUGUGUCACAGCAUCUCCGGCUCCACCUCCAACGAUUCUGCAAUGAUUUAUGCAGAUGCAACUCAUCUGUAUUCAAUGCAAACCGAAUAAACAAUUCUUAAUAUCAUUUCAAACAAUGGUUAUGAAGAAGUUUGAAGAAACAAUAGCAGCAAAAGAUUCAACCGAAAAUGGGAAUUCAUCAUCUUUUAUGGAAGAAAUUUCAAACAAAAAGCAACGAAUUGAAGGACCUUUUGUGAUGCCACUUAUAUCAAUUCCUAAACUUGAAGAACAAAGUUCAAAUGCAUCAAUUGUUUUAUCUGGAACUGCUAAAAAAGGCGAAAUCGGACCACCUUUAGGAAUAGUGGAUAUCGGUGUAAGCAAAAGCGCGUAUUUUUUUCAAGUUGCACUACCUGGUGUCAAGAAAGAUCCUGGUCAAUUUAGCUGUGAGAUUGAACGCGGCGGGAUGGUUCAUGUGAGAGGAGAAACAUCGACAGGUGGGAAUACCGUAACGAGACAUUCGCGGGUAUUUGAAAUGAAAUUUCAACAGCAAUCGCCACCUGGACAGUUUUCUCUGUCUUUUAGUCUACCUGGACCUGUGGACCCCAGGCUGUUUUAUCCUAAUUUUAGAUCAGAUGGCAUAUUUGAAGCUAUUGUUAUGAAAUGCGAAGAGUAAAGUUUGUGUGGACUAUUUUACCCUUUUCAAUUAAGCACUUGUAUUGUACAGGGAUGAAGAUGAUGUUUGUUGUUUGAGAUAGGCUGAAGGUUGUAGCUAUUUCUAAACUGUUUUGAGGGGAACUUGUUUUUUACUUGAUGGGCUUAAAGAUAUUAAUCAUAUAUAAGACACUUGUUUGAACAAAUUUAUAUAUUUACUAUUU